AUGAAAAUGAGUGCAGUACUUGAUUAAGGAGAAUAUGAAGAUGAAAGUUAGAAUUUUUGGAACAAUGAGUACAAAGAUAUUCAGCAAUCUUAUAUUUAUUCAACUCAGUUCUCUUUGUAUUAUUAUCUGUUCAGGUUUAAAUGCAACCCCAAGAGAAUUCAUAGUGCAGCAGAAAAUGGUAAAUCAAAAGGAUAUAACAACACCUAUAACAACAGUACCAACAGGAAAUCCUACCAUAUCAACCCCUGUGCUGAAUCCAACUAUCUCUGGCCCAACUAAUCCAGUUUCGACACCAGCAAUAACCAAUUCUCCAGUGUCUUCCGGUGCGAGCUGGUGUGUUGCUAGCCGAGCUGCUUCACAAACCUCCCUGCAGGUUGCUUUGGACUAUGCUUGUGGCAAUGGUGGCGCUGAUUGCUCGGCGAUUCAGCCACAUGGCAGCUGCUACAACCCGAACACUCUUCGCGAUCACGCUUCGUAUGCAUUCAACAACUAUUACCAGAAAAACCCAAUUCCAAAUAGCUGCAAUUUUGCGGGCUCUGCUAUUACUACCAACACUAACCCAAGUAGUGGAUCAUGCCAAUAUCCAUCAACAAGCACAAGUGCAUCUAUUUUGAACACAACUAAUGCAGGAAGAUCAAGAACAUUUGGUGCUGGACCAACCACACCAUCAACCUCACCAGCAGUAGCAGCAAGUAGCUCUUUAAGUUAUAUAUUCCACAUCUUAACAUACCUUGUGAUACUGCUGGCCUAGCUACAGACUCUAUUUGACAGAGGCGGAUUCAGGAUUUGAAGUUUAUGGAUUCUACAGUGAUAUCGAGUUAAUAUACAAUAUAGUAACUGAGCUCACUAUCAAAUAUUUAUCGUUACAUAUGUAGAGUUUGGACAAAAAUUACUAGGUUCACACGUAAACCUAUAUGUUACAUGCUAGAUUCGUCUCUCCUGAGUUAUCGAUCAAUGGUUACUUUCUGUGAAGCUGCCACACGCUGCAUGAUCAUGUUGAGAGUUUGUGAUAGGAGUUUACAAGCUCAAGAUUUAUUAUAAUUUAGUGAGUGAUGGCAAUUAGGUUGAGUUGCUUUGUUUUUCCAAAAUGGAAUCUUACCUGUUAGGAGAGGAGAGGAGGAUUUCCAUCUAUAGUUUGUAAAUGGAGGAAACUGACCAAUUAAUCUUGGUAUUGU